UUUUAUUUGUCUCUUGGCCAUUGGCGUUUUUUCCUGAUGAAAAGUUGGCAGCACUGGUGUGGUGUGGGAAAUGUUCAUUGCAGUUUUGAAGUGAUAUUUGAGUUGUUGGCCACCUUUUGGAUUUCCAAUAAUGUCACAGGGAUCGAGUUCUGAUGAGGAACUCGACUUUAAAGUGGUAAGCUCGACAAAUUACCAGCGCGUUCAGGAAAAAGUUGAAAAAAUAAGCUAUGCGGAUGGUGUUGCUGAUGGACGGGAGCGGGUCUUUCAAACUAGCUUCGAUCAGGGAUAUGCGGAUGGACUAAAAGUUGGCCUGGAAUUGGCCAAAUUCAGCUCAUUUUUCGACACACUUGCAGCAACUGGCACAAAGGAUGAUGAAAAGUUAUUAAAAGAAAAGGAUGCAUACAAAGAGCUGAGACUGGCAAAAGCCACAGAAAAACAGCACUUUAAAUACUUGGAUCAUCAAAAUGAGCCCUUAAACGUGGUCUCGGGAAAACAGGACACCUAUAUAGACGAUUUAUUGGGUCAAUGUGCCGCAUCAUUGCCAAUAACUGCGAAUUUAUUCGUAUCCAGGGAUUCUAGCGUUAAUCUGUUUUAAUGUAUAUGAUUGGGAAUUAUCAAAAUUAACUGAACAUA